ACAUCCGGUCUGGGUUGCCAGGAAGCAGGGUUGUAGACUAGCAGACUUCAAAAUAUACCCUUCAGCGUGUCUCUAAUAUUUUUUAAGAACAAUGUCAAAAGGAGCAAUGGACCCAUCUACCUUCCAGGCUCUUGUUGAUAAAAUCCACCAGGAAACAACAUCUUCUGAGAAAAAGGUGGAGAUUCUUUACAGCUGUCGAGGAUUUUAUAACGCAGAUCAGGCUUCUAGACUCCUUAGUUCCUUUGCCAAUCCUGCUGACAAAAUCAGAGUACUUCGAAUUCUGGAGCCACGACUGUGUCAAAUGACAUGUCGAGAUGGAAGGGAGAUAAUAAAUGCUGUCAGCAUUCACAAUGAUAAACUGAUUGCCUUAGACUGCAUUAAGAGAGUACUUUCUGACUACCAAAGUAAACUGGGUGAGGAGUACAUUUUGAGUGCCUUCCCAUUUGAAAAUGACAAACUUAGGGCAAUGCAAAUAUUGCAAACAGUCAACUCAUUUGUUGGAGACCAUGUGGCCGCAGGAGGACACCAGGGUUAUGCAGCAUUAGGAGGUCUGUAUACACAAGCCCGCCCUAUGGUGCCUCAUCUUUAUGGACCUGUGCCUGAGCAAGCAAAAUUAAUACCUGGGCAUGGUAAAAUAGAAAUUCCUCCAGAAGCACAACCUGGUGUUGUUCCUUCAAUCUACACUGGCCAUCCAUCCUAUGCCUAUCCCCCUGACAGGAGUUAUGAUGAGGACAGGGGCUACCCCGGGAACUCAGACCUGGGUCAGACUCUACCUGGGGAUUACCCCAAAGGAGCACCUCCUCUGGGAUAUCACAGUGGUGCCCCAAAUCCCACUGGCUUUUUAAAACUGGAGUCAUAAAAUAAUUAACUAUUUUUCAAAUUACCUAUCAGGAGAACUAUGUUUCUUUUUUGAAUUUAUGUAUCAAUCAUUAUUAAAAUUAUUGCAUUGUACAAAACCACAAAUUUUAAAAUAUAACACUCCAUUGUUUUCUUUUGCCUUCAUUCAUUGAUGAUGUGAUAAAGGAUUAAGAUAGCAUUAAACAUUGUCAGUGUUACUGAAUUCCAAAAUUUGCAAGGAUUAUGUAUUUUAAUUUUCAAUGAUAUGUACAAGUUUGCACUGCACAUGCAUUUUUAUGUAUAACUCAAGAUCAAUCUGGCAUGUAAUCAGUAAUUUUUUAUAAAGAGGACAGACAGCUUUCCCCCCUUUGUUUUACAUUGAACCUAUUUAUUUUUUAAACAAAUUGUUUUUAUUGGUUAGAUUAACAUUUUUGUAAUGUUAAACUGCUUGUUAUACUUUUGUUGAUUUUGUUUUUGUGAAAUUGAUUAGAAAUAGAUAAAUGUAUGUUAAAAUUUGAAAAAGUUGUUAUGUUUGGGUUGACCCUUUCUUUUUUUCCACAUGAAUCAUUAUACAAGCACAAUUGUAAUUUAAUGUUGCUAAAUGACUUAUAUUCACAAGUUGAGCACAGGUGAUUUGGUGCAUGUGUACUUCUUGUUAUGUAACACCUAUCAGUAUUAUACCUUCAUGUUAGUAUAGAAAUCAUUUAUGCUUAUUAGAUAAAGCUGAUUUUGUUUUAUACAUUUAUGUCUUUUUUUUGUUUGUGUGUGUGGAACACACCUGUUUUGCAAUGUAAUCUGGAAAUCCUAACACAUUUGCAAGAAUAAAUGUUUCUUCUAGAAAACCCAA